UCUCUAUAAUAAUAUCUUUCAAUCAAAGCUCUCAAGAACCCAAAAAAUAUCGAAGAACAAAACCUGCAGAAGAAUAAUCUCGAAGAUGAGAGCGAGUAAUCACUUGACAGGGCUACUAAACUUCUUGAGUUUUCUACUAUCAAUACCAAUCUUAGGUGGAGGGAUAUGGCUAAGCAGCAGAGCAAACAACACAGACUGCCUAAAAUUCCUUCAGUGGCCACUAAUCAUCAUUGGUGUCUCAAUCAUGGUGGUCUCCUUAGCCGGUUUCGCCGGCGCCUGUUAUAGAAACACCUUCUUGAUGAGGCUAUACCUAUUCGCGAUGUUCUUCGUCAUCGCUGCACUCCUCGGGUUCAUAAUCUUCGCUUAUGUGGUGACGGAUAAAGGAUCAGGGAGGGCGCUAGUGAACAGAGGAUAUCAGGAUUAUUACUUGGAGGAUUACUCGGGUUGGCUGGAGAGGCGCGUUGCGAGUAAUAGUUAUUGGGGGAAAAUCAGUUCUUGUAUUAGGGAUUCAAAGAUUUGUAACAAGUUGAGGAGGAAUUUUAACGGUGCUCCUGAAUCUGCUGAUAUGUUCUAUCAACGCAAGAUCAGUUCUAUCCAGUCUGGUUGCUGCAAGCCCCCAACAGAGUGUGACUUUGUGUAUGGGAACGAGACCUUUUGGAGCCCUGGAGGAGGGACGGUCAGUGCAAACCCUGACUGCACCAGGUGGAGCAAUGAUCAGGAACAGUUAUGCUAUGCCUGCGACUCAUGCAAGGCCGGUGUACUUGCUGGCGUGAAAAAGAGCUGGAGGAGGGUCUCAGUGAUCAACAUUGUUGUACUCAUCAUACUUGUGAUCCUUUAUGUGGUUGCCUAUGCAGCGUUCAGGAACAAUAAACGCAUCGACAAUGAUGAACCCUAUGGCGAGGCAAGGAUGACUAAGGCACAACCUAGUCAUUUCCAGCUUUAAUCUAGAUCUUCAAAAAAUCGAGGCUAUGCAAUUUGGUUUGCUAAAAGAUUGUAUCUUAUGUUUUUUUGAUUUUCUAUCUUAUGCUGCUUUUGUAAUAGAUAGCUGAACUUAUACAUAUAAAUGUAUUAAGAGUUUGCAGGAUGAAUCAUUUAUUCUAGAAUAAAAUCUGCUGUUGU